CGUGUGAUGAUUUUAUGAAUCAGUGUUUUAUUUGACUGAACAGUAAUUAAAAAUACAAUUUCUUAUUGUACAACGCAGUGUUAAUGUGAAUAAUUGUUGUUUAACAAUAAUAUUGAAGUAGAACCUAGAAGAAUUUGUGAGAAUACGAUGAUAAUGUCUUUGUCGUCUAAUUACUAUAUUUCCUUAAGUUUUCUUACUGUAGUUAUUACAUGUAUUAUUUUAUCCAGCAAUAAUUAUGCGCAAGCUAGUGAAAAUGAUGCCGAAAGCAUUACUAAAAUUGGUCAAGGUGUUGGUCACAUUAUGAACAUAUAUUACUGUUAUUCAUGCGGAUACAGAAAAGUAUUUGAAGACUAUGCAGGAAUAAUACAACAAAAAUAUCCAGAAAUAUCUGUCAUUGGUGCAAACUAUGACCCCCCUGGUCUAAAUAUGUAUUUAUCCAGAUUGAUUGGUUUUGGAAAGAUGAUACUGAUCAUGUGUAUACUGAGUGGGGUGAACAUAUUUGCCUGGCUCAACAAACCACAGCCUGCAUGGUGGAGCUGGUGCCUUGAGAACAAACUGUAUGCAUGCAUGAUGAUGUUUUUCUUAGCUAAUAUGAUUGAAGGUCAGCUAGUAUCUUCUGGUGCAUUUGAAAUAUCUCUCAACAACAUUCCACUGUGGUCAAAGUUGGAGACAGGAAGAAUUCCUCAGCCCCCAGAGUUGUUUCAAAUAAUUGACAAUACUUUGCAGUUUUCGAAAAUGGACCUGCCAAAUAAUAACUUUGUGCAGUAAUAAUAUUAUUUUGAAUAUUUGCAUAUUGUUGAUGAAAGGGACUGAGGUUUUUAAGAUUAAUAGGGUGAAAUGGUAUAGUUAAAAAAAAACAAAUUUGAUGUAAUAGGAAGCAUUGAAAACCAUGUAUUAGCAUUAAAGGUAAACAAUGUUCUGAGAAAAUACAAAACCUUUAAGUUGGUCGUAAAGUUUAGACUUGGAUUUCUUUUCUAUUUGUGCACCUUAAUUUAAUUAAAAUACAUUAGUUUUCAUAUGUCCUUCUACCACCCUUCACUUUCUAUAAGCAUUUCUUUCACAAAGCAAAUUCCAAAUAUCAAGUUGAUUCCUAUGCUCAAGAAAACAGUUACAUGCUGGCCAAAAAAUACCAAAUGCAAGUCAUACUCACACUUGGCGUAAUCAUUAAUUUAUUGAAUUCUGACAGACAUAGCAACGGCUUAAAAUACUGUUGGUACACUUCAGGUACCUUAUGGAUUUUAAUUCUGAUCAUAUCCUAUUUAAAGUCUUGUGUCAAAUUCUUUAGUAGCUUAAAUCUAUGCUUUUAGUUCUACCUAUCUAUGGACAUACUAUGACAUCAUAAACUCAAAAAUUAUAAAGAAACUAUUUCUUGAAUAUGAUAUGAUAUAGAAUUUUCUGCACCAUGUGGAGAGCAUAUUUCAGUCAUUUUUUUUUUUUUUAUUAAUUUUGACUUAUUGGAAACAAAAACGAUUUCACUACAUGCAUUUGCCACUGUGCUGUGAUCUGUAAUGUCUGCAUCUUUAUAUAAUGCUAAACUAUUACUGUUUAUCUGUUAGCGAUCAAAGAUUGUAUAGCUACUAAACAAUUUGCUAGUCGUAAUCGUAAUUUUAUGAAAGUAUAGUUACUAGUUGUUUUCACGAAAAACUGUAUUUGCUCAUUCAAGUAGAAAUAUGACUGUACAGUUGUUGAUUGUUGAUUCAAUUACUCACAGUACAAUAACGUAUUAUUAUCCUUUCGUAAAUAUUUAUUUUUGUGGAUACAUCAUGUUUAUUACUUUUCAGAAAUAUUUCUUGUAUCCAUUUUAUGGGGUUCGUAUAACUUCUAUUUACUGGGCUAGGUGUACCAUAGUUAGUUUAAUGCCAUUUUGAAGAUACCAAUUGACCAGUUUUAUAAUCACUGGCAUUAUGUAAGAAGGUGGUAACAUUACCUACCUAAUAGAAAAAAAAUCGUGUUCUGUGUAAUUCUUAAAGUUAACUAAAACUUUACAGUGUAACUUUUGGUUUUUGAUUAAAUAGUGUAAACACAUAUGUAUAUGCAUGUCAGAGAAAGGAUGUGCAUUUAAAAUAUGUGAGUUAUUGAUGAGUUAAUUGACGUUCCUGAGCUUUAUUACUGGUUCAUACGGUAAUAGAAAUACUGUCCAGAAUUGGAAUAAAGAUUCAUACAUCAUGGGUGAUACAGUGCAUUUUUAUUUAAAUAUCUAGUCAGAAUGAUAAUUUUCUGUAAUGAUCAAGUUAAAUAAAGAAAACAUGUUCUUACUUUGUGAACCCUAUUUAAUUGAAUAAAACUUAGAUAAAUA